CAGCGGAGAAGUUGACGCUGAUCAAUCCGUCCCAUCGCGACUCCUCUUCCUUUCACGCCGGUUGCCGAAGAAUCUAGCGUCCAUGUGCGCAGUGCCCAGGACUUCAUAGAUCCGCUGAGCCUUCCGAAUCCGAGCUAGACCGCAACAACCUUGUAAUGGAUCUCAAUGCUUUGAUCGAGGCCCUUCGGGGCACCAUGGACGCAAAUUUGCGUGAGGCCGCAGAGAGACAACUGAACGAGGGCCAUACCCAGUUGAACUUUGUGUCUACACUACUGCGGGUCACCAUGACUGAACAGUUGGAUUUGCCCAUACGGCAGGCAGGUGUGAUCUACUUGAAGAACAUGGUGACGCAGUACUGGAGUGAAGGGGAAAAUGCAAACACUGAAGGGCCCACCAAUAAUAUCCCAGAAGAGGACAGGCAGUUCAUUCGAGACAACAUUGUGGAGGCCAUCAUUCAAUCCCCAGAGCGCAUCAGAGUGCAACUCACAACCUGCAUUCACCAUAUGAUCAAGCACGACUACCCGACUAGAUGGACAGCUAUUGUGGACAAGAUUGGCUUCUAUCUGCAGUCUGACAACAGUGCCUGCUGGCUGGGCAUCCUGCUCUGCCUCUACCAGCUGGUGAAGAAUUACGAGUAUAAGAAGCCUGAGGAACGUCAACCGUUGGUUGCUGCCAUGCAGAUCUUCAUGCCCAUGUUGAAGGACCGUUUCAUACAGCUGCUGCCAGACCCCUCCAGCGACUCGGUCCUGGUGCAGAAACAGAUCUUCAAGAUCCUCUACGCUCUCUUCCAGUACAACCUCCCUCUGGAACUGAUCAAUCGGCAGAUUCUGACAGAGUGGAUGGAGAUUCUGAAGACAGUCGUGGAUAGAGAUGUACCUCCAGAGACCCUACUGGUAGAUGAGGACGAGAGGCCCGAGCUGCCCUGGUGGAAGUGUAAGAAGUGGGCGCUUCACAUCCUCGCUCGGCUCUUUGAGAGGUAUGGCAGCCCUGGCAACACGACCAAAGAGUACACCGAGUUUGCUGAGCUCUUCCUCAAGGGUUAUGCCGUGGCUGCGCAGCAGGUGCUGUUGAAGGUGUUGUAUCAGUAUAAGGAAAAGCAAUAUGUGGCUCCAAGAGUGUUGCAGCAGACACUGAAUUACGUCAACCAGGGAAUCGCACACGCUGUCACCUGGAAGAACCUGAAACCACACAUCCAAGGAAUCAUUCAGGAUGUGGUGUUCCCCCUCAUGUGCUACACAGAUAGUGAUGAAGAACUCUGGCAGGAAGACCCUUACGAGUACAUCCGCAUGAAAUUCGAUGUGUUUGAAGACUUCAUUUCCCCCACCACUGCCGCUCAGACACUUCUCUGCACCGCUUGUAACAAAAGGAAGGAGGUGCUGCAGAAAUCCAUGGGCUUCUGCUAUCAGAUCCUCACAGAACCUGUUUCAGACCCACGGAAAAAAGACGGUGCACUUCAUAUGAUUGGCUCACUGGCUGAAAUUCUCCUGAAGAGAAAGAUCUACAAAGACCAGAUGGAAUUCAUGUUGCAGAAUCAUGUUUUCCCUCUGUUCCGCAGUGAACUGGGUUACAUGAGAGCUAGGGCCUGCUGGGUACUUCAUUACUUCUGUGAGGUCAAGUUCAAGAAUGACCAGAACCUGCAGACGGCCCUGGAGCUCACCCGCCUCUGUCUGAUCAACGACAAUGAGAUGCCUGUCAAAGUGGAGGCUGCCAUCGCCCUGCAGGUCCUCAUUAGCAAUCAGGAGAAAGCCAAAGAUUACAUCACCCCCUAUAUUCGGCCUGUGAUGCAAGCCCUUCUCCACAUUGUGCGUGAGACCGAGAAUGAUGAUCUCACCAACGUCAUCCAGAAAAUGAUCUGUGAAUACAGUGAGGAGGUCACCCCCAUCGCCGUGGAGAUGACCCAGCAUUUGGCCAUGACCUUCAACCAGGUGAUCCAGACAGGGCCUGACGAGGAAGGAGGUGAUGAUAAAGCAGUGACAGCCAUGGGCAUCCUCAACACCAUAGACACACUGCUGAGCGUGGUGGAGGACCAUAAAGAGAUCACCCAGCAGUUAGAGGGCAUUUGUCUACAGGUGAUCGGCACAGUCCUGCAGCAGCACGUUUUGGAGUUCUACGAGGAGAUCCUGUCCCUGGCCCACAGUCUGACCUCUCAGCAGGUGUCUCCUCAGAUGUGGCAGCUGCUUCCUCUGGUCUAUGAGGUCUUCCAACAAGAUGGAUUUGACUAUUUCACAGAUAUGAUGCCACUACUCCAUAACUACAUCACAGUCGACACAGACACGCUCCUGUCUGAUACCAAAUACCUUGAAGUAAUCUACAAUAUGUGCAAAAAGAUUUUAUCAGGCGAUCCAGGUGAGGACCCAGAAUGCCAUGCAGCCAAGUUGUUGGAAGUCAUCAUUCUGCAAUGCAAAGGUCGUGGUAUUGACCAGGUGGUGCCGCUGUUUGUAACGACCGCUCUGGAGCGUUUGACCCGUGAGGUGAAGACGAGUGAGUUGAGGACCAUGUGUCUACAGGUGGCCAUCGCUGCGCUCUAUUACAGCCCACCACUGCUGCUGAACACACUGGAGAACCUGCGCUUCCCCAACAACACUGAGCCCAUCACCAACCACUUCAUCUCACAGUGGCUCAAAGACAUCGAUUGCUUCCUUGGACUCCAUGACAGGAAGAUGUGUGUGUUAGGACUGUGUGCUCUUAUGGAUCUGGAGCAGAGGCCUCAGGCCAUCAAUCAGGUGGCUGGUCAGCUCCUCCCUGCCGCCGUCCUCCUGUUUAACGGCCUGAAGAGAGCUUACGCCUGCAGAGCUGAACAUGAGAAUGAUGAGGAUGAGGAUGUAGAGGGUGGAGAGGAGGAAGAGGAGAAUGCCGAGUUGGCCAGUGAUGAAGAUGACAUUGAUGAAGAAGGCCAGGAAUAUCUUGAAAUGCUGGCUAAGCAAGCAGGAGAGGACGGUGAUGAAGACUGGGAGGAAGAUGAUGCCGAGGAGACUGCUCUCGAGGGCUACACGACCUCUGUGGACGAAGAGGACAACAAUGUUGAUGAAUACCAGAUCUUCAAAGCCAUAUUACAAAAUAUCCAGGCCCGUGACCCAGCAUGGUAUCAGGUUCUCACACAGUGUCUCGAUGAGGAACAAAGAAAACAUCUUCAGGAUAUUGCAACACUUGCAGAUCAGCGGCGAGCAGCUCAUGAAUCAAAGAUGAUUGAAAAGCACGGAGGAUACAAGUUCACAGUUCCCGUGGUGCCAUCCAAUUUUAACUUUGGUGGCAGCGCACCUGGAAUGAAUUGAGUCCUCCUGUUCCCUUUCCCCUUACUAACUGUGACUGAAUGUAGUGAAAUGAAAACACUUGUUUGUGUUGCUCCCUGAAGUAGUGGUUCCACAACUGGUUCUUCUCUCUCACUCUUCAAACUGACUAUUGAAUUGAACAGCACCAGAAGACGUGGGAGGCAACCAAACGCAACCAAUGUCUGGGAAAACAAACCGAGAACUUGAACGCUAAGCAAGUGGGGGAAAAAAUAAAGCUCUGAACAACUGUUGCCUAAUGGGAUCCAAAAAAAAAAGAGGGAUACCAUAAUGGCAGCUCUCGCUCAUACAUACAACGGGGGCUAAAGAUUUGAAAUAAUGAGACAUAAUGUCAAAUCAUUGUCACUGUACGGGCCAAAGGGCCUUUUCAAGAUUAUACCUCUGGCAGUAGUGUGUCAACGUUUUUCGUCAUCACAAACAAAAAUCUCAUAUUAUUGUACAUACUAGCCAAGGCAAUCGAUUUUUAAGUUGCCUGGUCGAAACAACCAGAGGCAUUUGUAAGGUAAGGUGUCAACAUGCGUAUUCAAAUGUAGCAUAUUGGAUACUUGUCAUAGCACUAUGUGAUGCCUGAUCUCUGUAUAUUAAUGACUAGCACUUUCAUAUUGUUCAGGUCUCUUAGCCUUCUGUAUCAGACUGCAAAUUUUUUAAACUCAGUUGAAGACUAUUUAAAAAUCGGAACUAUGUUACCUGAAUGGUGACUUCUCCUAUAAUGGUUGGUGUUCAGAGGGCUUCAAUAACAGUGUGUGGCAAUCAUUUGCUGCUUGUAAUGAUAACAUUUUAGGCUCCAAACUAAAAUGCACUUGGUGUUCAAUCUGGAUAAAGACAUUUGUUACAAGCACUGAAAGUCAUUUGAUUAAUUAAUUGGAGCAUGAAUAGUGGAAGUCUCAAGCGUUUGGUUGAUGUAUGGAUGAACCAUCAAUAUACACAACAUUAAAAGAAAAUAUUAAAUCAGAUUAUUUUUGUGAUCAUAUCGCCUUGCCCAAAAUAUUCUCAAAACAUUGGCUUUUUUUGGCCAGACUAUUGUAAUUGUUUCUUUAAUACAAUGUAGGCCCUUUUUGGGGGAAAACAUGCAGCAAUUAUGGGGCCAUCAUGCCAAUACCAUGGACAUUGUUAGGUUGAGUUAAAUUAUUGGGUCAUAUAUCAUUUUACAGUCCCUAAAGACAUGAUCUCAAGGUCAGGUUCUGAGUUUUGUCUCAGCACACUGUUUUGUUUCGUCAAGGGUUACCAAGAUACAGUCACAUCUUUUAAUAUAAAUGUCCACGCUUAUCUAAGUUUAGGAAACAAAACACGUUUCAAAGUCAUCGUUUUCCAAAGUAUACAGUAAAAAGGAGCAUUUUUGGUCAAGGAAAAUGGCAUUCUAGUGUGGAUGAGAGAUAAACAUAGCAAAACUAAUGCAUUUUUAUUUUGGUCAAGGAAAAUGGCAUUCUAGUGUGGAUGAGAGAUAAACAUAGCAAAACUAAUGCAUUUUUAAAUGAAAAUUACGGAAAGGUGAAUACAUUGAAGAUUUGAUAAUCAUAAUAUUCUACAAGCUUCCCAGGAAUAAAUGUAAAGAGAAAUUAUGACUUGUCAAGAGUACAUUUCUGAAAUUUCUAGGCAAAGUGUGACUACUUUGAAGAUGCUAAAAUAUAACUCGGUUUUGAUUUAUUUUGGAUUUUUAGUCACAACAAUUCCCAUAGUUCCAUUUAUGUUAUUCCAUAGUUUUGAUGACUUUACUAUUAUUCUAAAAUGUUUUUUUUUUAUUAUUUUUUAUAAAGAAUAAGUGUUUCAAAACUUUUGACCGGUAGUGUAUAUAUUUUAUAUAUUUUUUAUCAUUUACUCACCCUCAUGCCAUCCCAGAUAUGUAUGACUUCUGCUGAACACAAAAUAUUAUUUUAAAAACCUUUUUGUGUUUUGCAGAAGAAAGUCAUACACAUCUGGGAUGGCAUGAGGUUGAGUAAAUGAUGAGAGAAUUUUCAUUUUUGGGUGAACUAUCCCUUUAAUUUGAACUUCAUAGUGAUUUUGGCCAGUUUUAUGAUGAUUUGAAAUGCAUGAUGGCAAAGACCAUUUCAAUUCAAGUUUCAGCCCAAUAUGCUAAAACAUUGCCAAGAUAUUGCCUUACUUUCUGUCUGGCAUUCUCACUGUCACAUUUGUUGAUUACAAGCAUAUGAUUUGGUUCCAAUAGUCACUAUAUACAUUUUCAUAUAUAUAAAAAAAUAAAUAAAACAAAAUUCAAGUUGGCAGGUAAUCAAUGUGGGCAGAAACCAAUAUCAUCAGGUGCACUUAACUAGAACAGAGACCGUUUAGCUGAGACAGCCCACUUGAGACCACAAAUGAAUGGGAGAGAUUGGAAAGGGAGAAGGAAGUCUUGCCUUACAGCCAAAAGAGACAAUCACCAUUUUUAAUGAUACAUCGCCUGUUCAUUAACUCGAGAAUGCACAUUAACUUGACCAGCCUGAAAAAUAGCAUUUUUUUAUUAGCAUGAUUUGAGCUAAAUUUAUAAUACCAUUGUUGUCAGAUUUGACUGCUAAUUUGAAGUGUUAUUUGAUCGUAAUCUUGACCAACCAUUUUAGAGAUUUCUGUAUUUCCCCAUUCAAGUAACACGGAACUUUACUUGUAUGCCACUUGUAUACAUCGCCCGGGCCAGGAGUGUUCCAAGGAUGGCCACAACCUGGACGACUUGCCUUGAAAGGGACUUUGACUAGAAUUACAUUUUUGGGCCACAAAGUUAAAACGUAUGCAGAAAUGUCAUAUUUUGAACUGGUGUUUACAUUAGAGGGUUCUAGAGACUGACCCCAAAAUGGUCAUCAGCAUUGUUGAGACCCUUCCCAAUCAAUGUUCCAAUUUUUGCAACUUUUAACCAUACUAUUCUUUGGGCUCCAAUAAACUCCUUGCAAGAAAAUGCAGAAUAAGAUGACACAGUAGCUGUUUAAGCACUUGGUGCUUGGCUCCAUAAUAAAAAACAUAAGUCUGGUUGUGCUCCAAACUAGAAAGUCUAUAAUUUGUAAGACUAAAUGUCUCUUUUAACAUACUAUGCAUCUAUACUGGACUUGACACUUUAUCCCUUUUGUAGGUAUGUGUAUAGGUUUAUUGUCCUCUGGGUAUUUCAAGGUUAAGACCUGAAAAAAAAAUCAAAGACCAGUGUAAAUAGAGAUCAUUGAGGUUGUUGACAGCUAAUUCAUAGGGUUGUAAUUUUAUGAAGAUGCAGUGUAGAAGAGGGAAGAGACCUUUUGAAUGCAUAGGAGCAACGUUGUUAAAGCCGAAGAGAUUGAUAUAAUCUACAAAGCCCAUCCCUUCAUGUAAUGAAACUAGUACACAGUGUUGUUAUUAGUUGAAACUAAUGGGUUCCUCAGCAGAUCGUUUCACUGUGUAUGACAAUGUUCUAUCUAGAAUCACCCCGACAACAAACAAUUCAUGGUUUUAAUUGGUAUUCAAUCAGAUAUGCCUGUUGCGUUAUCAGUCACUGGUGGGUUGAUGUAAUGAAACUUUCAGACGAGAGUUUCAUAUUUCAUGCUUAAUAUUUUUAACUACAGUAUAGCGCAGGAUUGACCAUCACUCAAAGAAACCUAAUGGAAAACAUUCUGUAUGGAAAAAAGUGCCUAUAUGACUAUAUUGUAAUUUACAAGAACAGAUGAGAGUAUACAAUAAUACCUUUUAAAGACUAAGAAGCAUUACACAAUAAAGCUUGCAUUGACUAUG